AUGGGGAGCAGACUUGAGUAUGUGCGAAGCACACCAUCGUUGGCUGAGUGGCGGCCGCGGUUGCCGGAACUGGUAAAGUGGCUCGAGGAGACCUUGAAUACAAAAUUUCCAAACAAGAAUGACUACUACAAUAUGAUGAAGGGACCAGUUGAGCCACAAUUGCAGCCACUGAGUGCUCAGAAUCAACAAACCCCACAGAUGUUUGGGCAGGCAGCGCAGAUAAAUCAGGUCUCUGGCAGUGGUGUCGUUGUUGGUUUUGGUGGCGCUGACGAGAUCCUGCAGCACCAGCUGAUGCAGCCAUCUUCGAGUAUAGGAAAGAAACAGACGUCAGCUGAGUGGAGGAAGCGGUUGCCAGAACUGGCAAAUCGGCUUGAGGAGAUCUUGUACAGAACAUUCCCAAACAAGAAUGACUACUACAAUAUGACGAAGGGACCAAUUGAGCCACAUUUGCAGUUUGCUAUUAGGACACUGAGCGCUCAGAAUCAACAAAACCCACAGAUGUCUGGGCAGGCAGCGCAGAUGAAUCAGGUCUCUGGCAGCGGGGUCGUUGUUGGUGUUGGCGGCGCCGAUGGGAUCCUGCCGCACCAGCUGAUGCAGGAUAUGGCAGCCAUGUCAGGAACGGACCAGCAAUUUGUCAUGCUACAAACUGCUAUGCGCGAAAAAUGCCAUGAGUUACAUUUGACUUUGACUAAGUAA